GAAACUCCAAAACUAGCAGCUAACUCCCCCUUCGUUUCUACCGACAACAAUGGCUGCUUCUUCAAUCGGGACCUUAAUUCCCCUCAACUUUCCGUAUAGUAAAAUGAAAACGAGAGCCCAAGCUAUCCUCACUAACGGCAGCAAAAUGAGAGUUCCGUAUGAGCUGAAACAAGGGCAGACGCGUCUUUUCCACAAGCUUCCAUCUGGUCUGAAAAUGGAGGUCAUUUUCCAGAAGAAGGGAUUUUUUUCUGAUCCAGCCAAGGAACUAGAGGAGUCUCAUAAACCACCCAUAGUUUUUGUCCAUGGAAGCUUCCAUGCAGGUUGGUGUUGGGCUGAGCACUGGUUGCCAUUCUUUUCUCGACAUGGAUUCAAUUGCUAUGCUGUAAGUCUGUUGGGGCAGGGUGAAAGUGAUGCACCUGCUGCUCCAGUUGCUGGUUCCCUUCAGUAGACACAUGCAAAUGAUAUUGCUGACUUUAUACAUAAAGAAAUCAGGCAUCCACCAGUAUUGAUUGGGCAUUCAUUCGGAGGGCUUAUUGUGCAGUAUUAUAUUGCCAAUCUAUCAACGGGGGACCAAAAAGGCAUGAUUCAAGAAAACAAAAGCUCAUACCCCAGACUUUCCAAGGCUGUGCUUGUUUGCUCUGUGCCACCAUCAGGUAAUAGUGGGAUAGUGUGGCGAUAUCUUUUCUCCAAACCUAUUGCCGCUUUUAAGGUAACAAUGAGCUUGGCAGCCAAGGCUUUCCAAACGUCUCUACCUCUUUGUAAAGAAACAUUUUUUUCAGCUACAAUGGAUGAUAAUUUGGUUCUUCGCUACCAAAAGCUGAUGACUGAAAGUUCAAGGCUACCCUUGUUUGAUAUCAGAAAGCUGAAUGCAUCACUCCCUGUCCCUCCGGUGGCAGAUCCCUCAUUGGAAGUUCUAGUGUUGGGCGCAAUGGCUGAUUUCAUAGUGGAUUUGGAAGGAGUUGAUGAAACUGGGAGGUUUUAUGGAGUGUCGCCUGUGUGUAUUGAAGAUGUUGCUCAUGACAUGAUGUUAGAUUGCCAAUGGCAAAAUGGUGCUAAAGAAAUUAUAUCAUGGGUAAAUAAGUAGAUAAAAAUAUCAUUGUCAUGGAGGGAAGUGUCCCAAAUUUACCUGUCUACGACUUCUACAUAUCUUGAUUAAUUAUUUUUAAUUAAUAAAAAUAAUUCAUUUGCAUUAAUCUCAUGGUAUUUUUUUGGAGUUAUUUAAUAACAAGUAUUAUCACUACUUUAAUGUAUUGAACACAAAAGUUC